UUCAAGCAUCGCGUUUCGUAACAGGGCUAGGUCAGAGAACCUCGACGCAGGCCGCUGGAAAGUUCCCAAUCGAAUAAUAGCGACAAUCGAAUUAUUUUGAGACAUUAAAACUUCGCAAAAUGUGCCAGUAAACAAAGGAAAUUCCUGCUGCCUACAUCACAUCCCAUGCUCAUCCGAGAGCUUUGCGAAAAUUAUGUAAUUGGCAGCAAUUGUGACUUUGAAUUUUCCAAACUAAACGAAAACACAAUGAUCGAUGAGCAGCACCCAAUGCAAAUUGGAAUGUUUCCAAUGGACAUAAAAUGUCAACAGCAGAAUCUACUGGGAGCCGGCCCAGGACCAGGACCAGGAACAGGAGCUAAGGGAGGAUCCGCACCAUGCUCAGGAGCGGGGCAGCCACAGGCUGGGGGCCUCAAUCAACUGCUGUUGAACGGAAAUGAACGCAUGUUAACAACACCAGCAUCAGCAGCAGCAACAGCAGCGGCAACAGGAAGAGGUUUGACAACAGCAACAGACACUACAAGUGGCAAAGCCGGAGCAGCAGCCCACCAUGACAAAAUGGCGUCAGUCAGCAGAAAUGUCAACGGAAGUUGCAACAACCACAACAGCAACAGCGCCAUAAACAAUGGCCACGCACAGCAUCAACAGACGAUGGGCAUGGGCAUGGGACCGGGACCGCCCCACCUCUGUAACCGCAUUACCUUGGGGGAGUGCAGUCUGAAUGGGAUGGACGGCUUCACGGCCCCCGUACCUCCAUCGGCAUCAAACACACCGCAAGCGCCUCAACCGCUGCAACAGCACACGGGUAUGGGAGGGGACAUGGGGGCACUCCCGAUGAACAACUGCGCCCACUGCUGCCAGCCCAUUUGUGAUCGCUACAUCAUGCGCGUAUUGGAUAACUCCUUCCAUGAGGGCUGCCUUAAGUGCACCGCCUGCUCGCUCCACCUAGUGCACUCGUGCUACUCUCGGGAGGGCAAGCUUUACUGCCGCAUUGACUACGAGAGACUCUACAUCCGCAAUCGUUGCCUGGGCUGUGGCCAUAAGGUCGCCGCUGAUGAGCUAGUGAUGCGGUGCCACGAGAAUGUCUUCCAUCUGAAGUGCUUUGCCUGUGUGGUGUGCGGAGCCCUGCUGAAGAAGGGCGAGCAGUAUGUGGUAAAACAGGGACAACUCUUCUGCCGCUUCGACUAUGAAAAGGAGGUGGAGAUGCUGCAGGGCUAUGAUUACUACGGCGACGACCUCUUUCCGCCCAAACUGGAUGGUAGACGCGGACCCAAGCGACCACGCACGAUCCUCAACACCCAGCAGAGACGCUCGUUCAAGGCCUCGUUCGAGGUGUCACCCAAGCCCUGUCGCAAAGUGAGAGAGAAUCUGGCCAAGGAGACUGGUUUAAGCCUAAGGAUCGUGCAGGUGUGGUUUCAAAACCAACGCGCCAAGGUCAAGAAGAUACAGAAGAAGGCUAAGCAAGAGCCGCCUAGCAAAGGAGCCAGCGACUCCCAGGACUCACAAGAGUCGCACGACAGCAGUCUGGCCACCAAAAUCAAGGACGAGGCGCAUAGCGACAGCGAGUCACAAAUGGAGUCGCCAUAUUCAAAUGCCUCCGAGGGACUAUCCAGAAUGCGCUGCAUCAAGGAGGAGCAGGAGCAAGUGCCCUUCAACUGCAUGGAAACCAACAAGGAGAACUGUAACAAGAACAACGAGCCAAUACUGAACACCAUUCUGGGGCUGAGCUACGCCACUUUCCAGCAGCUAAUGGGACCCUUCACGCAGACGCCCAUGAUCAACCCGAUCGACCGACUCUACAGUAUGCAAAGUUCGUACUUUCGGCCCGAGGAGCUGGGUGCCUACGGCGAUUGCGGUGUCAAGGAAGCCCUGGAGCACUAGUCCAUCCUUAAAGCCCCUCACUCCAAAUUUUAAGCCCAAAUCAAAAUUAGACCUUGUAAAAUAAACGAAUGUUAAUA